AUGGGCACAUACAGCCAUGAAAACCAUGACACAAAAUGGGCACAUAACAACCAUGACAACCAUGACACAAAAUGGGCACAUAACAACCAUGACACAAAAUGGGCACAUAACAACCAUGACACAAAAUGGGCACAUAGCAGCCAUGACAACCAUGACACAAAAUGGGCACAUAGCAGCCAUGACAACCAUGACACAAAAUGGGCACAUAACAGCCAGGACAACCAUGACACAAAAUGGGCACAUAGCAGCCAUGACAACCAUGACACAAAAUGGGCACAUAACAACCAUGACAACCAUGACACAAAAUGGGCACAUAACAACCAUGACACAAAAUGGGCACAUAACAACCAUGACACAAAAUGGGCACAUAACAACCAUGACACAAGAUGGACACAUAACAGCCAGGACAACCAUGACACAAAAUGGGCACAUAACAACCAUGACACAAAAGGGGGAACAAAGCAGCCAUGA